AUGAUGUUUUAUAACGUCGGAUUUGGCUUCUAUUGUGGUUUGGUGUUGUGGAAGCAGGAGAAGCGGCGCAUGGAAAGGAGGCAGGAGCGCAGGGAUCAGCAGAGGCACACUCUCUGCGGCCGCACGCGGUUCCACGCAUGCCCGUUCGGCAAGCAGGUGGCUGUAGGGGCUGAUGAUGGUGACCGCAUGGAGUCUAUCUAUGCGACUGCUGCAGGCUCGGAAAGUGACGAGGAGGAGGAGGAGGAGGAGCAGCAGCGAGACGCGUUUGCUGAUAACGAGGCAGAAGGCCGGGAAGAAUCUCCAGAGCUUCCGUUUCUAGAAGCUCCGAAUCUGCAGGCUCUCUUCUUCCCAAGCCGCUGCCUGGUGCCUCCCGAACUGCUGGCCACCCUCAAGGAUCGAUACCCGUUUCUGGGCGAGGAGGAUAGGUACAUGGUGGAUAAGAAGGACUGGACGGCGGUUUUCUAUGCCGAGGACCACCCAAUGCCUGAGCUUCCUGCGCCGGACGCUCCCUAUACAGAAACGGAAGACCCAUGGGCGGGUGAAGAGGAUGAUGAGGAUGAGGAGGGAGAAUGGGGGUAG